AUGGUUGGGAAUAAUAAAUCCAAUAAGCAUGGUACAGAUAAUGAAGAAAAUGAUGACAAUAGAAAAAAACAAAAAUUAGAUAAUAAUAGUAAUAAUAGUGUUAGUAGUAAUAAAUUAACACUUUCAGAAGUUUUAAGUGAUGAAAUUACCAAAUUAAGUAAACAACAGUGGUUAAAAGAAGUUAAUACCAAAACAUUUGAUAGUAAUUUAGUUGAAAAGAUAUACAAAGAUGAAAUGUUAAAAUCAGAUCAAAGAGUUCAAUUAUUAGAAUUAUCACAUUACCUCGAGAAUUAUUUAUGGCCAAAUUUCAAUAAAACUACAUCAACCAAUAAAUAUCAUAUAAUGUCAAUUCUAAUGAUGGUAAAUGAAAAAUCAAAAGAAGGUUUAAACUCAUUCCAAACAUUUCAUUCAAAAUCAUCAUCAUCAUCUGAUGAUAAUAGUGAACAAGAAGAAUCAUCACCAUCAUCAAGUUUUAAAAAUUUAUUUGAAAGUUUAUUACAAAUUGAUUUAUCAGAAUUGACAGAUAUAGAGAAAUGUAAUUUCAUAAAGUUUUUCAUUAACGCUUUUCAAAAUGUUGAAGAUGUCUUGGUUAGAAAUGAAUGUUUAAAGAUUGUUUCUUAUCCAAUUUGGUUACAUUUAUCAUCUGGAAGAUUUCAACAAGAAUCUCAAUCAUUAUCAGAACCAUUAGAAAAGAAAUUAAGAUUAUUUAAAAAGAAAAUUGAAAAAUUAUCAAAUAAUAAUUCAAAUUCAAUUGAAAUUAAAUAUUCAAAUUUUUUAUUAGAUUUAAUGAAACAAUUUAUUGAAAGUUUAAAUAAUUUAGAAAGAUUGAAAUCAUCAAAUUUUACACAAUUUAAAGAAUCAUUAAAUUAUUGUGAAAGAUUUUUAGAGUUUAUGAUUGAUUUAAUGACUCAAAUUACAACAAGAAGAUUCUUUUUCGCUUUAUUUGAUGAUUUUCAUUUUAUUUUAAAAACAUCUCAAUCUGAAUUUUUAAAAUCAAAUGAUGAUAAAUCAAAGUCAGUUUUAGAAGGAUUAUUAGGAAUAUUAAAAGUUUAUUAUAAUUUUGAUAUUGAUAAUUUUACAGGAGAAGAAUUAACAAAAGAUCAAGCAACAGGUAUUCAUUAUCAGAAUAUUCAAGAAUUACAAAAAAUAGUAUUUAAAAAUUUCCCUGAAAUUAAAGAGAUUGCAUUAAGAAAUGUUUCAUUUGUUGAAUCAAAAUCAGAUUUAUUAAAUAUAAUUUCAACUUUAUCACAAGAAAGAUUAAAUGAACUUUCAUUGGUGUUAAUGAAAUAUAAGAAAAAGGAAUCAGUUAUUGAACAAUCAAUUAAUAGAGUUUCAUUAUAUCCAACCGAGAAAUUGUUAUGGAAUGAAACAGCAAUACCAAAUACAAAUUAUAAUAAUGAGAAAGCAUUACCAUUACCUAAAUUAAAUUUACAAUUUCUUUCAUUCAAUGAUUAUUUAAUGAGAAAUUUCGUAUUGAUUCGUUUAGAAUCUGCUUAUGAAAUUAGAGAGGAUAUUCAAGAUUCUGUUAAAAGAUUAUCACCAAAAUUCAUCCAAUCAAAUACUAAUACUACUAAUAAUAAUAAAACCACUUUUACUGGUUGGUCAAGAAUGUCAUUACAAUUAUCAACACCAUUUAAAAUUAUAAAUGUACAACCACCAAUCAUUGGUGAAAUUAAACCAAAACAAGUCAUUGGUGUUGUUAAUAUUUCAACAUCAUCUUGUAAACCUCAUAUUAGAGAUGAAUGGAAUUCAAUUAAAGAACAUGAUAUUUUAUUUUUAAUUACAAUUCAAUUAAAUAAUAAUAAUACAAAUAAUACAAAUACAAAUAAUAAUAAUUUUAGUGAUAUAGUUAAACAUGUUAGAGGUUGUGAAGUAAUUGAAAUAAUUGAUAAUAAUAAUAAUAAUUUAAAUAAUAAUAAUAAUAAUAAUAAUAAUAAUAAUAAUAAUAAUAAUAAUAAUAAUAAUAAUAAUAAUAAUAAUAAUAAUAAUAAUAAUAAUAAUAAUAAAAAUAGUAAUAAUAAAAAUAAUAAUAAUAAUAAUAAUAAUUAUAAUAAUUAUUCAAAAGCAUUUAAAGUUUCAUUAGAUACAAAUCAAUAUCAAGAAGAUUUAGAAUCAUCAUCAUUAAAAUUAUAUGAUACAUUUAAUAUUGUAGUUAGAAGGAAUCCAAAAGAAAAUAAUUUUAAAGCAGUUUUAGAUACAAUAACAUCUUUAUUUAAUUGUAAAGAUUAUUUACCAGAUUGGUUUAGUUCAAUAUUUUUAGGUUAUCCUUCAAGUAAUAAUAAUAGUAAUAAUAAUAAUGAAGGUGAAGAAAAAAAAGAAAAUGAAUUUAUUUUAUUUAAUGAUACAUUUUUAAAUUUAAAUCAUAUAAAUAAAGUUUAUAAUGAUAAAACAAUUGAAAUAACUGAUAAAUUAAAAGAAGAACAAGAAAAUAAUAAUAAUAAUAAUAAUAAUUUUAAAAUUAAAUUUAAUAAUGAAAAUAAUUCAAUAUUAGUUGAUACUUAUAAUAAUAAUAAUGAUAAUAAUAAUAAUAAUAAUAAUAUAAUAAUAAAAAAAGAAAAUUUAGAAGAAAUUAAAAGAAAUAAAAUUGAAUUUACAAGUAAACAAAUUGAAGCAAUAUCAAGUGGUAUGAAAAGAGAUAAUUUAACAUUAAUUGUUGGACCACCAGGUACUGGUAAAACUGAUAUAGCAGUACAAAUCAUAUCAAAUAUUUAUCAUUCAUCACCAAAUGAAAGAACAUUAAUAAUCACUCAUUCGAAUCAAGCAUUAAAUCAACUCUUUGAAAAGAUUUAUAGAUUAGAUAUAAAUGAACGUUAUUUACUUCGUUUAGGUCAUGGUCAAAAACAAUUAUCAUCAACAAACUCUACACAAAAAGAUUUCACUAAAACUGGUAGAAUUGAUUUUUGGUUAGAUUUACGUUUAAAAAAAUUAGAUCAAGUUGAUAAAUUAGCAAAAUCAAUUUCAGUCACUGAUGAUGUUUCUUAUACUUGUGAUACUGCAUUACAUUUCUUUAGUUAUCAUAUUUUAUCAAGAUUUGAAAAGUUUCAAUAUGAUUUAUCAUUAUUACAAGACGAUGAUGAUGGUGAUGAAAAGAAAAUUAAAUUUAUUAAAGAGAAUUAUCCAUUUAAAAAGUUUUUCAUUGAAAAUUCAAUUUUAAAAAAUGAUAAAUUAUUUGAUACAACAACAACAACAACAUCAGUUGAUAAUCAUCAUCAAUCACUUUUAAAUAUUAAAAAGAAUUUAAUUGAAUUAUGGAAUUAUAUAAAAGAAAUUUUUAAAGAAUUAGAAGAAUGUAAAGUUUUUGAAUUAUUAAAAUCACCAAAUGAUCGUUAUAAUUAUUUAUUAUUAAAACAAUCAAAGAUAGUUGCAAUGACAUGUACUCAUGCUGCUUUAAAAAGAAAUGAAUUAUUAAGAUUAGGUUUUAAAUUUGAUAAUUUAUUAAUGGAAGAAUCUGCUCAAAUCUCUGAUAUUGAAUCUUUUAUACCAUUACAAUUACAAUUAAAUUCAAAUGAAAUUGGUGAUGCAAUUAUUGGUGUUGAUGGCGAUGAUAAUGGUAAUGGUAAUGGUAAUAAUAUAAGUAGAGGUUUAAAAAGAGUUAUAUUAAUUGGUGAUCAUAAUCAGUUACCACCAAUUGUACAAAAUCAAUCAUUAGCAAAGUAUUCACAUUUUGAUCAAUCAUUAUUCACUAGAUUAAUUAGAUUAGAAAUUCCACAUAUUACAUUGGAUAGACAAGGUAGAUCGAGACCAUCGAUUAGUGAAUUGUUUAGUUGGAAAUAUAAAGGAUUACAAGAUUUACCAUUGGUUAAAGAACAAUUACAAUUUAAAUUGGCAAAUCCAGGUUUAGCAUAUGAUUAUCAAUUGAUCAAUGUCGAUGAAUCAGAUGGUUAUGGUGUUGGUGAAAGUGAGCCCACUCCUUAUUUCUAUCAGAAUUUAGGUGAAGCAGAAUACAUUGUGGCAAUGUUUCAAUACUUGAUUGCAAUUGGUUAUCCAAGUGAGAAAAUAACAGUUUUAACAACUUAUAAUGGUCAAAAGAAUUUAUUACGUGAUGUUUUCAAAGCUAAAUGCACCCCACAAGAUCCAAAGAAAACUCAGUAUGGUUUACCUUUGAAAAUCACCACUAUCGAUAAAUAUCAAGGUCAACAAAAUGAUAUCAUUCUCUUGUCACUAGUACGAACUAAACAGUAUGGUCACAUUAGAGAUGUACGUCGUUUAAUCGUUGCAAUGUCAAGAGCUCGUUUAGGUUUAUACAUCUUUUGUAAGAAACAAUUCUUUCAAAAUUGUUAUGAAACUUCAAUGGUUUUCUCAAAACUCUUAAAAAGACCUGAUAAAUUAAUUAUCAUUAAAUCUGAACAAUAUCCAAUCACUUCUGAAAAUGCUCGUCAAAUUAAUUCAAAACUUGAUGAAAAUGAUUGUUUUGAAAUUCAAAAUUCUUUCCAUAUGAAAUCAUUAGUUGAAUCAAAUGAAUAA